AUGGAUUUAGUGGAUCCGCUUGCGGAACCUUGUGCAGUUUGCGGAGAUAAAUCCACAGGAACUCAUUAUGGUGUUAUUUCUUGUAACGGUUGCAAGGGAUUCUUUCGACGAACGGUCCUUCGUGAUCAAAAGUUCACGUGUCGCUUCAAUAAACGAUGCACAAUCGAUAAAAACUUCCGUUGUGCAUGCCGGUACUGCCGAUUUCAAAAAUGCGUACAAGUCGGAAUGAAGAGAGAAGCCAUUCAAUUCGAGCGUGAUCCCACUGGAUCGCCAUCGUCAGCGGGAAAUGGUCAAUUCAAGAAAGACCGCGGGAGUCCAAUGUCGCAAAACAGCUUCGGAGCCAAUGGUAACGAUUCAGCAAUGCAGCAAGAGAAUCUUCGAGCCGCAUCGAGUACAGUCAUUGAUGCUCUCAUGGAAAUGGAAGCGCGCGUUAACGAGGAAAUGUGCAAUCGAUACCGUAACCGUUCGUCGGUUAUAAAUCCCCAACAAGGCGGAACCCAACCGAUGCCUGAAGAAGAGGCUAAUGGGGGUUCAGCCUUUACUCAGCCGAAUAGGCCAUGUACAGCAGAAGACCUAAACGAGAUAUCACGUACUACUUUACUGCUUAUGGUGGAAUGGGCGAAGACCAUUUCACCAUUUCCAGAUCUUACAAUGGAUGACAAAAUUAUAUUGCUGAAGAAUUACGCGCCGCAACAUCUAAUUCUGAUGCCAGCGUUCCGGAGUCCAGACACUACUCGCGUGUGUCUAUUCAACAACACUUAUAUGAGUCGAGAUGCAAAUACCGAUUUGAACGGCUUCGCGGCGUUUAAGACAAGCAACAUAACACCAAGAGUACUUGACGAAAUUGUGUGGCCAAUGAGGCAACUGCAAAUGCGCGAGCAGGAAUUCGUUUGUCUCAAGGCUCUUGCGUUCCUUCAUCCUGAAGCUAAAGGAUUAACUAAUCAAUCACAAACUUUGAUUCGCGAGGCGAGAAAUAGGGUACUGAAAGCACUAUAUGCAUUUAUCCUUGAUCAAAUGCCAGAUGAGGCCCCGACGCGAUAUGGUAAUAUUUUGCUUUUGGCGCCGGCGCUUAAAGCACUUACGCAAUUAUUGAUUGAGAACAUGACUCUUACCAAGUUCUUCGGAUUGGCAGAGGUUGAUUCCCUCCUAUCAGAAUUCAUUCUUGAUGAUAUAAACGAUCAUUCUUCUGCCCCGGUAUCUCUGCAGCAGCAUUUACAAUCUCCUACGACUCUUCCAACCAAUGGGGUGUCACCUCUUACAUCUGGAAACUUAUCGAGUGUUGGAAGCACGACGAGCUCUGUUAUUGGAAUGGUGUCUACACCAACUCAGAUUCCGAAUGCUUCCGUAAUUCUUGGAAAUCCCAUUGACAAACAAGAAUAA